UCCUCAGGCAGCAGCAACGCGGAGGAAACGGGAGUGAACGGAGAGCUUAGUGACCAUCAUGAGCCUCCUCAACAAGCCCAAGAAUGAGAUGACCCCAGAGGAGCUGCAGAAGCGAGAGGAAUUUCACAUGAGUCCACUCUCUGUGCUCACGCAGUCAGUCAAGAACAACACCCAAGUGCUCAUCAACUGUUGCAACAAUAAGAAACUCCUGGGCCGGGUGAAGGCCUUCGGUAGGCACUGCAACAUGGUGCUGGAGAACGUGAAGGAGAUGUGGACCGAAGUCCCUAAGAGCGGCAAGGGAAAGAAGAAAUCCAAGCCAGUCAACAAAGACCGCUACAUCUCCAAGAUGUUCCUGCGCCAGGACUCGGUCGUCGUGGUCCUGCGGAACUCGCUCAUUGUCGGCAAGUAG